GGAUGAGGUAUCGAAAACCGAUCCAUGGCAACACACUGUGAGACAGAGUGAUGUAAAACUGACCAAACCCGUCUGAUGGGUCCCAUUUGGAAACACAUUCGUCCGGGACGGGAACUCGCUGGACUGUACAGUUAAACGGUCGGCUCCUGAUCGAGACGGAGAGAGAGGAUAAAGGAGGGAGGGCGGCCGUGGAUAUGGGAAAGAUGGUCUUUCAAGAUUAAAGGAGGCUGAUCGCUUUUAAAGGGUCAGCCAGGAUAAGUUGCAGUUGGACAAGCAUGUUAACAGAGUACACGCUACAAAAAAAACUUGCAGGAGCCUGCGGGUGAUUUAAAUCCCACACACACACACACAGACACGCAGAGAGACACACGUUCCAGGAUCCGGCUUGUACUUCGCUCAUCCGACCAGGAAUUCAUUAAAAAAAACUCAAAGCCCAGCGACAGAAAGGAGGAAAUACCUUCCAACGGGGCAUGGGGCAAGUAGAGGGACCAGGUAACACUGAUUAAACCAUGGGUCUACAGAGGGCGAUUUUCUGGACUUUACUGUUUCAUAUCAUCUUGCCUUGUUUUUCAUCAUUGCUUUCAGCUCUGCUAGAACAGUACUGUGAGGCCUUAUCAUCAUUAUAUAAUGUUACAGGUAUUUAUUGUAAUUCAACAACCGAUCAGAUAGGAACUUGCUGGCCGAGGACAAAAGCAGGACAGCUCGUAGCGAGACCUUGCCCCGAGUAUUUCAAUGGGGUUAAAUACAACACCACAAGAAGUGUGUACAGAGAAUGCACUGGAAAUGGAACGUGGGCCUCUAGAAUCAAUUACUCCCACUGUGAGCCCAUCUUAGAGGAGAAGAGAAAAUAUCAACUCCACUACAAGAUCGCACUGAUCAUCAACUAUCUGGGUCAUUGCAUCUCGGUCGGAGCCCUCAUAGUCGCAUUUAUUCUUUUUCUUUGUUUGAGAAGCAUCAGAUGCCUCCGGAACAUCAUUCAUUGGAACUUGAUAACCACGUUCAUACUGAGGAAUGCCAUGUGGUUUCUAUUGCAAAUGAUCGACCACCAGAUUCACGAGAACAAUGAGCCCUGGUGCCGUCUUAUCACAACUAUCUUCAAUUACUUUGUGGUGACUAAUUUCUUCUGGAUGUUUGUCGAGGGCUGCUAUCUCCACACAGCUAUAGUGAUGACCUACUCCACAGAUAAACUGCGCAAAUGGAUAUUUCUGUUCAUUGGAUGGUGCAUACCCUGUCCUAUCAUUGUAGCCUGGGCCAUAGGCAAAUUAUAUUAUGAAAAUGAGCAAUGCUGGUUUGGAAAAGUACCAGGGAAAUAUAUGGACUAUGUCUAUCAGGGACCAGUGAUACUCGUACUGCUGGUUAACUUUGUCUUUCUCUUCAACAUUGUGAGGAUCCUGAUGACUAAGCUGAGGGCAUCGACCACAUCAGAGACAAUGCAGUACAGGAAAGCAGUGAAGGCAACUUUGGUUCUGUUACCCCUUCUUGGCAUCACUUACAUGUUGUUCUUCGUCAAUCCAGGUGAAGAUGACAUCUCACAAAUCGUUUUCAUUUACUUUAAUUCAUUUCUGCAAUCCUUCCAGGGUUUCUUUGUCUCUGUGUUUUACUGUUUCCUGAAUGGUGAGGUGCGUUCUGCUGCAAGGAAGAGAUUACAUCGAUGGCAAGACAAUCAUACUCUUCGAGUUCGAGUUGCCCGGGCUAUGUCAAUACCAACCUCACCCACGAGAAUUAGUUUUCACAGCAUAAAACAGACAACUGGUGUCUGACUCUAGGACACUGAGCAUUCUUUUCUUUGAGUUUUUCACAAUGUUUUCCUUCAAUACUGAGGUGAUUUGUUUAUUUGUGGAUUGCUGUGCACAUUUAAAACAUGCAACGGUGAUCAGGAGGAACCAAGGAUGCAAGGCCCACCACAACAGAAUGAAACUGCUCUUGAGGAGUGGAACAAACUUUAAUUUUCCUUCUAACAUUCAGCAUCAACAUGGAAAAGUAGGAAUUGUGAGUCAGCAGUAAUCUCGAUCAUGUGUAGAACAGAGAUGCUGUUUGCAGCUCUUCCCUAGUGUCAAAGUUUGGCAUGGGGGAAUGUCACAACUUCAAGACAAGACUAAAAGUUGUCUCGGAGCUUUAUUCCAUGGCUUUCAUCUUCUAUCACCGUUCUCUGUACAAAUACCCAAUUUCCUUCUGGAAAACUGUUUUGAAUCGUCAUGUGGGAAUCUAUAGAAUAAGGAGUCAGAAUAUAACAAAUGUUGACUUCCAAUAUUACCAGCAAGACCUUUCAAUGUUCAAAACAUCAGUCUAGCUUGAAAGAAGCUUUGAUGGAAUGAAAGUCUGUUUCAAGCUCCAUGCCUUACAACCAAUUCUAUCUGUGCUGCCUAUCAGGUGUAGUAAACCUCAUACAUACAAAGGGCAUCUAAUCUGUCAAGCGACAUGUAUCCAGCAGUGACAAACAACAGAACUCUGUUUGUUGUCUACGGGGCUAAAACAAUUUUGAGUUAAAUCACUGGUCCAGAAUCAGUAUAGAUUGAAAAUGAAUGGAUCAUUAGGUUCUAUGAAUCAAGAAAGAAGUCCUUAUUCUGCAGUGCUAACUAGAACAUAUCUUGCUCAAACAGUAAAAACAAAGGCAGAUAAUUUCUAAUCUAUUUAAUGAGUUUUAUUUUGCUGAAUAGUCAAAUACUUUGGACCAUGGUUGGUUAAUAAUCAAUUAACCCAAUGGAGUGAAUAUUUGGAAUUGACUUCUUGAUAUUUUUCUAUGCUUCAAAACAUAUGAUUACUCAAUCUUCAGCCCUGGAACAUUCGUUACAUUGGAGAUGGUUAUCUGAAUUGAUCCAUAAUCUGCAAACUUAAUAUUGAAGCCUAACCAGGACUAUCGAACCCUGAUUACCAACAACUUGAAAGAUACACGAAGAGACCACACCAAGGGAAUUACCAACAACAAUGUUAGUGGCAGCUAACAAGAUACAGAAAAAUAAAAGAAUCAUUCUGUUGCUCUGCUGUUCAGCUAUUCACCACUAAGUGAUGCUUAUCAAGACAAUUCACAUCUUAUCUAAACACUUUGUUAUAUGAGCUGUCAUUUCCUAUCUGCAGUUCGCCUUUUGGGUUGAAUUAUCUAAGGCAGUACUGAAGUGUUGAAAGUGGCUUGUUUCAUAUGUAAUGUUAACAAUCAUAACAAUAUUCACAUCAAAAGUCAGGAUACUUAAGUAACAUUCUCUUACAUGUACAGCUAAUUUUCAUGAAGCACGGAUGAAUGUUGGAAGGAUUAACACUGAGUGCACUUUGAUCAUGGCAUGUUCAGGAUGAACAUUAUUCAUCACCCAUCUACACAUCACAUAUUCAGUGAUCGUUGUGUAAAUCGAAGCUAAUGUAAAUAGCUCAGUGCAACUUUUUAGGUUGCAAACAUUCUUAACCUACAUCCAGAUUGUGUUUAAGUUUUGUGGCCUUAUCUCCAAUUCUAACUUUCUUUCAUAGGAUUUCAAACUGCUUCUAAUCAGCCUUCCCUUUCUCCACCAUUCUGCUGGCAAAGUAAAUAGCUGAGGUUUGGAUUCCCUUUUCUUUACUUUGGUUUUCUCAUUAACUGACCAAUAUUAAUCUUACAAUCAACCCAGCAGAAACAAGUCAGUCGUUGUAGGAUCUUGCAAUGUGCAAUGGGGUUUGACUAUACAAAAGGGUCCACAGUUUAAUAGUACAUUAUUGCACCUGAAAUAUUUUGGCAUAACCUGAAAAUGUGUCAAGGAACUGUAGAAAUGUAAGAUCUCAUUUUUCAAUAUGUGGCACAAUUAGCCUUCACCUUGGCUUCUCAAGUAAAGGAAAGCCAAAUCUGUUCAGCUAACCAAAUACCUUACAAAGACAGAAUGUCAAUGUCCCAUGCCUGGGGGUUUGGGGAGGUGUAUGUUUGUUUCUGUGGCGGGAGGGCAGCUUCUGAGAAUGUUAGUCUUGCCCAUCCUUUUCGGAAAUAGGAAAAGGUCAAUGUUUUGCUUGAUGGACCUUGCAUAGUCAUGACCCUUUUCCACACAUGCUAGAAAAACACUGUAGUUAAUGGUGUGCUAUAAAGAUACAAUGAAAGUUUAGAAAAGUCUCAUCUUCACUACUUAAAGUCAUGAAUCUAUUAUGUAGAGUUUAAAGUACAGAAAUAGAUCAUUUAAUCUAACUAGUGCAUACGCUGCUUGUGCUCAACUCAAGUCUCCUCCCAUCUUUUGUCAAUUAUUUCUACCAGUGUAAUCCACUGUUCGCUACUGUCUCAAACCCUUCUCUAGUAUUUCCCCGACUGCAGCUGUACAAUUCGCAUCAACCUCCCUCUCUCUGUGAUAGCAAGUUCUACAUCCUCAUCACUUCCUGAGUAAAGAAGUUUUUCCCAAACUCUUAACUGGAUUUUUAUGUAUCUGCUUUAUUCUGAUGGCCCCUAAUUUUGAUCUUUACCCAAAAUAUUGGAGUCAUAAACCUACGGAUGAAAUAUAAGCCAUGAAAUGUAUUUUUAGCAGCUUAUCAUGAUUUUAUUGAAAUGUCCAUACCAUUUAAUGUUGCCUUGCUGAAUUUUUAAGAGGUUAGAGACAGCAUGUUGUGGAUAAAUGCCACAAAUGACCCUUGGACAUAUUCAUUUUAACCCGAAACUCAGGAAGCGCAGUCCUAUUUGUGUUAAUAUUUUAUAAUUGACAACUUGUGCUCUUUGAACUUCAUGGGAACUAUAGGGCUGUUCUCCAUGCUGAAUAAAGAGAACGAUGAAUCCAAAUCAUCAAAUUCUGUUAGCACCAUAGGACUUUAAUAGGUAAGAAUAACAAGGAAUUAUGGAGCAAAUGAUUAUAUUAAGUUGAAGUGUAGACUAACCACAGUCUAUCAGAAAGACACAAUUGCUUUGGAGGUAGUUUGAGUUCUCUUGGUACAACAACAACAUUUAUUUAUAUAGUUCUUAUGAUAUGCCCAUGGUGCACCAUAGGAUCAUUAUACAUAAACAAAAUAUAGCAUCACAUGUGGAGAUAUUAGAGUAGAUAACAAAAACCUUGGUCAGAAAGGAACAUCUGAAAGAGGUAAAGAAAAGUUCAGAGGCAGCAUUCUUUAGAUUUAAAAAAAUCCAAUGCUUUAAACCCAGGCACCUGAAGCUGUGACCACCAAUUAAACUUGGUGAUGAUUGAGAGGCAAAAAUAGAGGAGAGUAGGCAUCUCAUCGGGUUGUGCAGUUGGAGCAGGUUACAAAGAUAGAGUGUUCAAAGUUAUGGAUGUUUUAAAAUUAGUCGGUUACUUAACCAAGAGAACUAAAUGUCAAUGGGACUUGGCGCAAGUUUGACUUUUGAAUGAUUACAAGUUUACAGAUAGUAAUAACAAAGUCACCAAUGAACAGCAGACAAGCUGAAGCAGGCACAGAGUGGUGGCAUGGAUAUGUGGUCAGACGCUUAUUUAUAGAUCAACUAUCACACUAAUGGAGUGAACAGUCUAUUUCACCCUCAGAUAAUGGCCACGGAAAUGAAGAAAGUCAAUCAAUUUGGGGAGCUAAGUUUGCAAUGAAAAUGACCUGGAUUUUAUCGACUUUCUGCUAAUGGUAGGGGCCACACAAAGUAUGAUAGAUUCUUCGCCCACUGCCUUCCAGCUUACCCUGAACCAAGUAUUUAUGGUACAGUGGGUGGGUAAGGCACCUGCUAGCUCAUCCAUUCUUAGCCCUUUUGAGGUCCUUAACUGCACAUUUAAAGAUGCAAAUAAAGGGUUAUUUCUGCACCUGCCACUGUAAUAUAUUUUGUAGUAGAGGGCAAAUAAAAAUGGGCAGGUCACUUUUUUACCAACACUGGUUGCAGGUGUUGGAGGCAGUCUCUCAAGAUGGUAUUGCCUCUCCCUUUUGUUGCCGACUUCCUGACAUUUACAAUCUUAUUAUCCACCCCUGGCCCCCAACCCUGGUUUGUCCAAUUCCCUCCCUGUCCAAAUGUCCCAGAUUUAUCUGAGACUGGGAUGCAUGAUGCUUUCUUUGUGGAGUUGCUUGCAGUCUUGACAGUGCCCGACACUGAAUUCUGCCUGAAAGAGCUCUCGAGAUGGAUGACCCACUCUGCUGGUUACAGCAACCCACAAGGGCAGUGAUACCACAUGGUGGGACAUUGUUGCUAGUCAGUCAGAUUGCUAACCUCUCUAAUGGAAGAGGUGGCAAGCAAUUCUCAAUUUCCCAACCCCACCUCCCCACCUUCCACUGGAAAAUUCACACCAAUGACAUUUGUACUUUAUUGUUCUCCGUAUUCAAUUGGAGGAAACCUCUGCUUAUCCAGUACUGGAUGUUGCAGAAGCAAUCUGACAAACUAGAUACUGUGAAGGAAUUGUUAGAAGUGGUGAAAGGGAGAGCUCAAUGUCGUCAGUGCACACACGCAAACUGACACUGUGUUCUUAGGUAAUGCGGCUGAAGGUCGGCAUAUCGAUAAGUGGGAAUCCAGUUUUGGAACACAAGAGGUAACAAUACAGGAGUGAGGACACAAACCAUUCUAGGUGAUUCUGCUUAGACAAGAAUGGAACCAGGUGCGAUCAGUCACAUAUGGCUGGACAACAGCGAAAAGAUAAAAUCCAAAAGAACUGUGGAUGCUGUAAGUCAGAAACAAAACCGGAAAUUGCUAGAAAAGUUCAGCAGGUCUGGCAGCAUCUGUGGAGAGAAAUCAGAGUUAAUGUUACAGGUUGAGUGACCCUUCCUCAGAAAUGAAGAGUUGAAUGGUAGAAAGACUGGGGUGGAACAGUGGCUCAAUGGAUAGAACUGUUGCUCACAGUGUCAACGAUCUGGGUUCAGUCCCACCCUUGGGUGACAAUUUAUGUUGAGUUUGCACAUUCUCUCUGUGCCUGAGUGGAUUUCCACUGAGUGCUUUGAUUUCUUCGCACAGUCCAAAGACGUGCAGGUUAAAUGGAUUGGCUAUGUUAAAUUGCCCUUAGUGUCUAGGGAUGUGCAGGGUAGCUGGAUUAAAUAUGGAAAUGCAGGGUUACAAGGGUAGGAUAGGGGUUUGGACUGAGUCUGGGUGGCAUGUCCUUUGGAGAAUCCAUGCAGAUUCGAUUGGACAAAUGGCCUGUGUUCUAUAUUGGAGAAGGAUUAGCUGGUCGAUUUUUUUAUAGGAUGCAAAAAAGGUCCGUUAGAUUACCUUUGUCAUGGUCACAUAAGAGGUUACUAUUGUUUGUAAAUUAUGUUUCUCUGUAAAGGUUAGAAAAGUAUUUAAUUAUAUGGAAUUGAAAUAAUAGUGGCUGUUAUUUGUAAAUGAAAAAUGAAUAGACUCAAAACCAAGGAGAAAAGAUUCAUACAAAUGGUUUGAUUUCAAAUAUAUUUUAAAAUCAGAAUAUCAAAUUAAAUAAUCUUGUGAAAACUUGAAUUGUUUGGUAAUGUCAUAUGAACGUAUGAAUUAGGUUUUUUGACCCUGACCCUUUCCCAUCAAGUUCUGUUUUUGUUCCUGAUUCACAACAUUCACGUUCUUUUGGUUUUCAUUUAUUCUUAUUGUCUGUUUCCUGUUCAGUAACCAAUCUUUUAUCCAUUCCACUACAUUGCUUCUGACUCCCAUGAUUGUUUAUUCCUGCAGUAUCCUCUGACGUGGCACAUUAUCAAACCUCCCUCUGAAUAUCUAAGUACAGUGCAACUAUUGGUUCCCUAUUAUCCAAGGUACAUGUUACUUCUUCAAAGAUUGCCAAAAGAUUGGUUAAAUCAAUCCUGAGAAUGGCAGGACAUAUUAAUCGGAUAGUUAAGAGGCAUUUGUCUUUAUCAGUCAUUGAUUCUAAAAGUAGGGAGGUUAUGUUGGAACUGUACAAAACUUAGGUUAGGCCUUAGCUGGAACCAGGUCUGGUAACUGCACUAUAGGUCACAUCUGAUUGUACUGAAUCGGGUGCAGAGAUGAUUCACCAAAAUAUUGCCUGGGAUGAAGCAUCUUAGCUAUGAAGAGAGGCUGGAUAAACUGAGCUUGUUUUCUUUAGAGCAGAGAAGCCUGAGAGAAGACCUGAUUGAAGUGUAGAAGAUUAUGAGGAGCAUGGGCAGGGUGGAUAGAAAUAGAUGUUCCCCUUAGUUGCAAGAUCAUUAAUGAGGAGAUAUAAUUUUAAGGUAGAAGCUGAGCGGUUUUGAGGGGAUUUGAGGAAGCCUUUAUUCACCCAAAGGGUGGUGGGACUGCACUGCCAGGUACGGUAGCUGAGGCUGGGAAUCUCACAAACUUUAAAAAGUAUGUGGACGAACACUUGAAAUCUCAUAACAUUAGAGGCUAUGGGCCAAUUGCUGGAACUGGUGUAGAUUUAAAGUAGUUUGUUGUCGGUAGAGACUCGAUAGGCUGCAGGCCCACUUCUAUACUGUAAGAUUCUAUCAUUGUAACAUGAUUCCCCUUUCACAAAGCUAUAUUGAUUCUGCGUGAUUACCUCAAAUUUAUCUAAGUGCCCUGUUGUAGAAUCAUACAGUUGGACAGCAUGGCAACUCUUCAGUCCAACUCAUCCACAUUGACCAGAUAUCCUCAAGUAAUCUAGUCCCAUUUGCCGGCAUUUGGCCCAUAUCCCGCGAAACCCUUCCUAUUCAUAGCCACCAUCUAAAUGUUGUUAUCUUACCAACCUCCACCAAUUCCUCUCGCAGCAUCUUCCAUACAUGCACCACCCUCUGCGCGAAAAAGUUACCCCAUAGGUCCCUUUUAAAUCUUUCUCCUCUCACCUUAUACUUGUGUCCUCUAGUUUUGGAAUCCCCUGCCCUGGGGAAAAGAUCUUGUCUAUUUAUUAUAUCCAUUACCCUCAUGACUGUUACACUGCCUUUAAUAAUAAGCCGAAUGCUUUCCAUAUCGCAGAUGAAAGCUUAUUGGCACGUAGCUCCUGCUUUUUAUCUCUUUUUUUCAAUAGAGGAGUGCUGUUAGCCUACUUCCAAUCUCACAGAACUGUUCCCAAAUUAAAGUAUCUCAUCAAUCACUUUUUUGAAGAACUUUAGAUUAAAAACCAUCCAGAUCUAGGGACCUAUUGAAAUGCAGCUCAAACAAUUUCCUAAGUGUUACUUCUCUGUUCAAUAUAAUUUUCUUAAGCUCCUCCCUUUCAAUUUCCAAUUGACAGCUAAUACUGAGAUUUUGCUGGUUUCCUCCAUAGUGACUCAAAAGACCCAUUCAAUU